CCCGAGAUAAGAAACUGAGAGAGACUUCAUCCUCACUUCACUCUCCCCUGUCCUCCAGUCCCUCAGAAGCAAAUUAUGCCUGCCACUCUCUUUCUCACUCCUCUUUCCACUCUACCAAACACUAUCCAUCAUCUUCCCUCUCACUCAAACCCGCCAUUCCAUUCAUACAAUCCCAUCUCAUCUGCCUUAAACUCAAAACCUCCACAAAACCCCAAACCAACUAACCCAAUUCCCUCAAAAUCUCCCAAUUCUCUCUCACUGAGCUCCACCACGACAACCCCGAAUUCAAAGGCUCCAUCAGAGCCUAAUUCAAGCACUGAUGCUUGUAUUAAGGCGCCCACAGCUCCAUGGAUGAAGGGUCCUCUUCUUCUUCAACCCCAUGAAGUCAUUGACUUCUCAAAACCCCGAAACAAGAAGACCCACAACAAUGCCAAAGCCGAAAAGCCGGAUACUGUGCUGGCUGGGAAGUUAGUUGGCAUUAGAGGCGAUAGAGCAAUCAAGCAAAUUGUCCAAAGCAUUGAAAGGCUUGGACCAAACCAGAAAACAGAUGAAACCCAGAAAGGUUUUGGGGAAUUUAGAAUUUGGGAUUCCUUGGAGGGACUUGGACAAAAUGAAAAAUGGGAUGAAACCCACAAAGAUUUUGUGGAGUUUGGAAUUGGUGGUUGUUUGGAGGGACUUGGAAAAGCUGCGGAUUCGAGAUUUGGCGGGAAAAUGCCGUGGGAGAGGGAUGAAAGGAUCGUCUUUCAGAGAAUAAAGAAGAAAAGGGUGGCAAGUGCAGCCGAACUGAGCCUCGAGAAAGAGUUGCUUGAGAGGUUGAGAGCUGAGGCUGCUAAGAUGAGGAAAUGGGUGAAGGUCAAGAAAGCUGGGGUCACUCAAGCCAUUGUGGAUGAUAUAAAGUUCAUUUGGAAAACAAAUGAACUUGCCAUGGUCAAAUUUGAUGUGCCUCUCUGCCGGAAUAUGCAUAGAGCUCAAGAAAUAGUUGAGACCAAGACUGGAGGCAUGGUUGUUUGGCGAAAGAAAGAUACACUUGUAAUUUAUAGAGGAUGCAAUUAUCAGUCGAGUUCAAAAUUUUUCCCGAAGAUGCGCCCAUGCUCUGCUGACCGUCAAGAAACAUUGUCCUCUGAUCACGUGCAGCCGGAUUUGGAAGAAAGUAGUAGUUAUCAAUAUAAAUCAUUUGAAAGUCCUGUGGAUGAAAAGAUGAGCAGAAAGGAUGCAGAAGAGGAUUGUAUUCAAAGUGGAACCUUUCAAGAAACCAGUAUGAGUUGCCAACCAACUAGUAGGUCAUUAUAUGAGAAGGAAGCAGAUAGAUUAUUGGAUGGCUUGGGACCUCGAUUCAUUGACUGGUGGAUGCACAAACCUUUGCCAGUAGAUGCGGACUUGCUUCCGGAAGUGGUUCCUGGGUUCAAAGCUCCAAUUAGGCGUUGCCCACCACACACUAGAUCAAAGCUGACAGAUGAUGAACUAACAUUCUUGAGGAAGUUUGCUCGCUCAUUACCUACUCAUUUUGUCUUAGGAAGGAACAGAAAACUUCAAGGCCUCGCUGCUGCCAUUUUAAAAUUGUGGGAGAAAAGUCUUAUAGCGAAGAUUGCUGUGAAGUUCGGAGUUCCGAACACAAACAACGAGCAAAUGGCAUAUGAGCUGAAGUGUCUCACAGGAGGAGUUCUGAUACUACGUAAUAAGUUUAUUAUAUUACUUUAUAGAGGCAAGGACUUCCUUCCUUGUGGGGUUGCAGAUUUAGUAGCAAAAAGGGAAGUGGAGCUCACAAGAUGGCAACUCUACGAAGAACAUGCACGCCAAAAAGCAAUUGAAACUUUUUGUGAAUCUGGUGAACCGUUAGUGAAUACAGUUGGAACAUUAUCAGAAUUCCAAGAUAUCCAAACAGAGUAUGGAGAACUUAUAAAAGAAAAUAAGAAUGUCGAAAUUAAGCUGGAAGCUGAAAAGGAACGACUAGAGAGGGAACUGAGGAAUCAAGAACGGAAGUUUUUCAUUCUAAACAAAAAAAUAGAGAAAUCAACAAAUGAGUUAUCAAAGUUGAAUUCUCAAAGGACACCUGCUGAGCAGGAUGUUGACCAGGAAAUGAUGACUGAAGAAGAGAAAGAAUGUUUACGAACGAUAGGACUGAAGAUGCAUAGUUGCUUGGUGCUCGGCAGGCGUGGGGUUUUUAAUGGUGUAAUGGAAGGUCUUCAUCAGCAUUGGAAGCACAGAGAGGUAGUCAAGGUUAUUACGAUGCAGAAACUGUUUAGACAGGUCAUGCACACUGCAAAGUUGCUUGAAGCAGAAAGCGGUGGGAUUCUAGUUUCAGUGGAUAAGCUAAAAGAAGGCCAUGCUGUUAUUAUUUACCGUGGGAAAAAUUACCGACGGCCUUUAAGGCCAACAGGGGGGAAUCUUCUAUCUAAAAGAAAAGCACUGCAUAGAUCUCUUGAAAUGCAGAGAAUUGGAUCACUCAAGUUUUUUGCAUCCCAGAGACAGCAAGCAACCUUAGACUUGAAACUCAAACUGGAAACUCUGGAAAAAAGCAGAGGAGUUGAUCAAAGAGAAUCUGAAGUUUGAAAUACUAUUGACUAAUUGAUGUAUCAUGCUGUUUCCCUUGAAUUUUCGGCUCCUUCAUGUUGAUUUGCCAUAGGACAGAAAUUUCUUCUCAGUCAUCAAUUAACUUUACAAGAACGUUGACGCGGCUGUUCCACAUGCCCAAACGACUGCUUGCUGAUGUUAGGUUCCUUGCCACAUCGUAGUAGCUGAAGUUGCCUGUGCCAUUUCCAUUUACUGCGCAAUCAAUUGACUGGGGAGAAAGCUCUGGAAUUGAAGGGCAUCCACACUACAGUAUGAGCUUAUGACUAUCAGAAGCUUAGUUAAAGAAGCGGCGAUCCAGAGUAGUAUUGACGACAAUGCCUGCUGGACAAGCAUUGCUCCACAAAUCUGCUAAGGCAACUUUGAGAGUCUGUCAUGUUGUUGAUUCCAAAAAUCUGGUAACGUUGUGACAUGAUUGAGAUCUCAGGGCCAUCGGUUUUGAAUUCUAGUUCAAAUGCAGGGUGGCCGCAGUACUCUGGCCGGUGGAGACCCCAGAAUGGAUAUCCUAUGUCUUGUCAUCUAUUCCUGAGUACCAAAAUGUUUUACUGCAGUUCAGGUAUUGCUUAUCAUAGCCGGCAGACAGAGAGGGGAGGACAUUUGCAAUAGAGCGAAGGAGAAACAAACACAGGCAACAAAGUUUCAUUUUUCUCUCCGUGGAGCUAAGAAAGCCAGAAAUAGAACUCAGAUAUGGAAAGUGAAGUUAUUAUGUUUCUGUAAAUGUACAUAUUCUUUUUGUUUGCUUGAGACAAACAGUGUUUGAAUUCAAUGGCUUUUCCCAAGGAAAUGACUUUGAAUCUUCUUUCAGUUAAUUUCGCAUGCACCUGCACCAGAGAAGAUUAAAAGAGGCUAAGACAAAUCCUGUUGUCUAGAACGAUGACUAUAUUUAACUAGAGUUAUUUUGACUCCAUUGCUGAUGCUACCUCAGAUUGCAGCUUGAAGAUUUUUGUUCCAAUGACGGUCCUAGCACUCUUUAUUCUCAUUCCAGUCAAUGUAUCAAGUGGAACAUUAUUUUUCCCAAGGAAAGAAUUAGUUUUGACUUUUGAGAGACAUUGAUAAACUCUCUAUAUAAAAUGUGCGCCCUAAAUCCAUAAGGUUUUUUUUCCACAUAGGAUUGGAAUACUUGUUCACACUCUGGACUUGUUACAUGUUAUACACUGAGUAUGACUAUGUAGCAUCAAUGAGAUUACAAUUCUUAGCUUCACAGCGCAGGCAUGCAGAACAGUUCACAGUAGUGGUUAGGAGUAUACCACCGUCUCUGGUCGCUCAGUAUCAGAAACUGUGGACCACUUCUUUCAAACGAACCACCGGAGUAAUUAUCUUUGUCAUCAGGAAGCAAUGGCAAAAGACAAUGGGGCAAACUGCGGAACCUGACCUAAAUUUGAAGUCAUACUUGGCCGAUGCCUACUUGCACCCCAUUUUCCGGUCAUUCGAGGAACAGGAGUUGGUUGAAGUUAGUGUAGACAAGCAUCAAACUCUUGCUGCCACUCCCAUAACAAGCGAACUCAGUUCCCACUCUCCGCCCCAUUACGCCCGUCAGACACCCCCAUCUCCUCCCGAAUCUGCCCACUAUCAAUCAUCUCCACCCCAGUUAUGAGUAUCAUUCAACCUACCCACCACAUCAUGCCUAUUACAACGAAGAACCUUGACCAUUAACUUGCUAGUAUGCUUACAAGACCUCUAACCAUGUUAUCUGGCUUAUUUUCUAGUUACUUGAUGUAGAGGUUUUGUAUGCCUAAAGCCGGUCAAAUUUGCACUCC